CAUUUACUGCUGAUACUUGCAACAAUAAAGUUUGGUUACAGAAUCUCCACGCCCAUGUCCGGCUUUAAGGGCAAUUUGACAGAGAGGUUUAAAAAUCCAUUAAGAGGAUGUGUAUAUUCCUUAAUUGGCAAGCAGGAGACGAAUUCAGCAAAUAAAUCCGACACCCUUUUAAAUAUCCACACAAUAAAGUUUGACAGGGCAAUGAAGUUUGCUGAAUUCGUCUCCUGCUUGCCAAUUAAGGAAUAUACACAUCUUCUUAAUGGAUUUUUAAACCUCUCUGUCAAAUUGCCCUUAAAGCUGGACAUGGGCGCGGAGAUUCUGUAACCAAACUUCAUUGUUACAAGUAUCAGCAUGAACGAGGAAACAGUCACAGACGAAGAAGAUGACCAAAACAAAAACAAAAGUAAAAUUUUUAUCCUGAAAAUUAUGAGACAUGCAGGAGCUUCAUCAGACAAAUUGAACGCGUAUUCUGGAUAUUUGGUUCGAACGAAGGGAAGAUACCGAAGGAUAAAAAUUUGUUACCUCCCCAACUUCAAAAAAGAAAAAUACCACCCAAUUAUGACACGUGGAUCCUAUUGUUCAAGUUUUCAAUGGAGGUGCUGUUUGUCAUCCUAGGAAUUGAUUCACCAAUAUUAAUAGCGGCAAAGGCAGGAGUAGUAGAAAUGGUGGAGAAAAUACUAGAGGAGUUUCCUGUGGCGAUCCAGGAUAUGGACUCGAAUCGGAAGAAUGUGGUUCUGUUGGCGGUUGAGAAUAGACAACUCCAUGCGAAGAAGAUUAUCCCAAAAGAAAGCGUCUUCAGUCAAGUGGAUGACCAAGUUUGUCAAAAGCAGCAUGCCACAAAAUUUCUUUGCUUUCUACAACGAAAAGAAGGAGACCCCAAAGGCGAUCUUCAUUGAUUCACACGAAAAACUCAUCAAAGAGGGAACGGAAUGGCUCUCCAAGACCUCCAAGUCUUGCUCCGUCGUUGCAGCCCUCGUCGCGACCGUUGCAUUCACGACAUCUUCAGCCUUCCCCAGCGAAGUCAAGGAGGAGAAAGGUACGCCGAUGCUGGAAGAUGAACCCACAUUUAACACCUUCGCCAUUGCGUCCUCGAUGCUCUCUGCUUCUGAUCAGUGACUGCCCUAGUUUUGUUCCUUUCCAUCCUUGCCUCUCGAUACCAGGAAAAAGACUUUGCAAAGGAUCUUAUCUAUAUAUUGUGGUUAUGGU